CAAAAAACAGCCCAUGUCAGGCCUCAGGUGGUGCAGCCAGCAGGGAGGUGGAGACAUAGGCCCUGGGCUAAUGCCAUCCCUGGCCAGGGCCAGCGUCACAACUUCUUUCCCUAACUGCGUGAUUAAACCCACUCGCAGAACAUGCCAGGUGCUCCUCCUGGAGACACCCCUGGGAGCCCCUUCCCUCCUGCUGUGUCCUUGUCCUGCCAGCCAGUGUCACCCUGGGGCUACCUGCAUUGCGGCCUGGAAAUUCCCUAUGACGACAGUCUCUUGGGUUCAGCCCCUGCUUCCCAGGGCACCCCCAGCUGAGAUUCCUCUGCAUCCCUGACUCUUCCUCCACUGAACGUGUUCAGGGGCAUCCCUGGCUCUGAAAUAUCAUGACCCAUUCCCUGUGCUGAGCUGCCAGGGGGGCCCUGUCCGCCCAGAAGACCACAUCCUUCAGUUCUAGGGCAUUUCUCUCUCUUAUCUUUCUGGAACUCCUGUUAAUCGGGGUUUGGACCUUCAGGAAUAGUUCCCUAGUUUUCCUAGUGUUUUCCCCUACUUUCUACAGCUUCAUCUUUUUCUACUCAGGGAGAUUUCCUCAACUUUACCUUCCGUCUCCUGUUUAUGUUUUUAGUUCUGCCAUCAUAUUUUGGUUUCCACAAGCCCUCUCUUUCUCCAACCAUUGCUUGUUACUUGGACGCUGUAUCUCCUCUUCUCUUGCAUGGCAGUGCCUGGUUUCUAGGCUUUUUCCUGCCUUGUGCAUCGUUUUCUCCUGGUUCUUUUCUUAUGGUUUCUAUGUUUCAUGUCAGAGGUUUCUCUAAAGUGUCUGGUGACACCUGGCCUCCCCUUCUCUCUGCGUCUUGGCCAGGAAGAGAGGCGGGGGGCAGAUCAACAUGACCCUUUAGCACAGCCAGGGUCAGCAUCUCACCGAGGACCCUCCAGUGUCAGUGGUGGUUGGGGGAAUCGUUUGUAUUUUUUUAAUCAGUCUCCAGCCUGGAGGGUCCAGGUCUGGGGACUGCUACCUGGGGCUGUUCUAGCCUGUUGCAGGGUAGAGGAGAGGUACUCCCACUGUCCCCAACUUUGAUGGCCCUUCAAGCCCAGCCUGGCCCAGAGCAGCUGGUCACUCAUGGAGCAAGAGGAGGGUGAGAAGGGCCCCCCUCUGCCCGGUGCUGCCCUACUGUCCUGCGUAGUCCAGCCAGAGCCCAGGCCUGCACCGCACCCAAGGAUGACGGCGUUUGCUGACAGGCCCCGCCUUCUCUGAGGAUAGUUUGGGGGCCACAUGUUGUCCUUAGAGCUGGUUCACAGGGUCCCAUCCUCACCCUAGGCAGCUUCUCCAAGGUCCCCUGGGAGGGGCUCUGGGCGAGUCUGUCCCCUGGAACUGCUGUGCCUCUCGAGUGUUCGGCGCCCCUGCGAGCCCUCCCCAGGGCCCUGUUCCCCCGUCGUCAGGAUGGCGGUGUGGACCCCGGGGACCCCAGGCUCCUUCUUGCCUCAACCAUGUGUGAUGAGGUCACCCUCACCCAGGACCUUCUGCUCCCUAGCAGGGUCUGACGAAGAAACCGUCACCUUCCCGGGCAAAGCUGAGGGAUGCUAAGAGGCUGGCUUGAGAGGUGCCUCUGUUCUCUGCCAUGGGCCCCUUGCAGGGGUGGGUCACGCCAUCCAGGAGGCAUGGCUGUGGGGCCUGAGGGGCACUCAGCUGGCUUGGGUUGUGGUGAUGGGGGUCCUGAGGGUGAACUCACCCAGGCCAGCCUGGGAUCCUGAGCCACAGAGGCCUGCAGGAGACAGUACAGGACAUGAACCUUGGGGUACCUGCCAGGGCCCUCACUCACAUCCAGCACUCCCCACUACUGCAGGUCCAGCACCUAGCCAGGGCCCCCAGUCACAUCCAGCCUCCCCGCUGCCACAGGCCCAGCACCCUGGCAGACUCCUGUUGCUGCUGGGGAGGAUCCUGUCGCCACAUCCCAGGUCUGGAGGGUAUGACCUGCACCGUUUGUUCUUAGGAUCCUGCCCUGAGAAGAUGGCCUACUAUGGAAAAUGCAUUGAAACUGUCAUCGAGAAACUCGACAAAUUUACACCCAAGAGGGACAACCCUGAGCAGUUCCUACAGGCUGUGGCCAUCUCCCUGCAGGCUCUGAGUCCCCAGAUGCAGAGCUUUGUUUCGGAGGUGCUGUCUGGGUGCCUCGAGUACCGGAAGCUGCUGACCGUCGUGGUGGAUGCCUUCUACGUGGAGGAUGGCCGACUCUGCCUGCGGGUUGACCGCAGCCGCUUCAUGGUGAUCUGCUACCUAGCCACAUUCCUGCUGGAGGAACUCGGCUUCCAGCUGUUCUGUAACAUCAUCAAGUCCCAACCUGUGGAUAAGAUGUGCAAGUUCCUUAGGUUCUUCUUCAACCCCCUGCACCUGUGCUCGUGGAUCAAGGACGAGUGGAGCCUCAUCUACGAGCCGGCCCACGUGAAGGAGAACUGGCUCGACCCCCUGAUGAGAUGGCAGCCAAAGGUCCAGGAGUUGAUCAACCACCUGGAGGGCAUGUCUGCCAGUCAGUCCUCUCCUUUAAAGACCAAGGCCAAGGUCACAGAGCCCAAGGAAUUCAACCUGACUGCCCCCAGGCCUCGCACCAUUCCAGCGCCUGAGCCAGUCCCGGUCGUGGCCAAGCCAAGACCAGUCCCCCAGAGCACCUACCAGCCACCCAAGGAGCAGCAGCAGCUGGAGAUGGUCAAGAGGCACAACCGCCGAAAGGCCGAGGAGCUGCUGCUGAGGGCAAACAUUGAGGAACUGCGCUGCGCCAUGCCCAGGUCCUGCGGGGAGCCAGUGCAGGGCUCCAAGCAGCAGCUGCGGCUUCAAUUCCCACCCCGAAUCCGAAAGACUCCGAAGCUGACCUUCUAUAGGCCCGACAAUGUCCCGGUCAAGCUGAACACCACAGCCAUCCUGCGAGAAGGGGCCUUGUACCAGCGGCAGGUGGAGCAAGAGCUGCAGAGGGUUGAUAAGCUCGUGGAUGGGGCUGGGGACUUCUCUGAGUUCCUUGAGUGGCAGAAGAAGAUGCAGGCGAAGGACCGGGAAGAGCAGCUGGCUGCAAGCGAGUGCCGGCGGUUGCAAGGGAAGCUUAGCCAUGAGGAGGCCGUCCUGGCCCGGCAGAGCCUCAUGCAGGAGAACAAGCAGAGAGUGGAGCAGCAGAAGGAGCAGAUGGCCAAGCUGAUGCUGCAGCAUGCGGAGACACGGCUCCGGGAGGACAGGUCCAGGAAGCAGCUGGUGGAGCAGGUGAUAGAGGGGCAGAAGAACGUCAAGGCCGCCCAGACGAAGCUCGCGAAGGGCCGACGGCAGACAGUUCAGGAGGUGAUUGAGGAGAGUCGGGGGCUGCUGCGGCGCAGGGCGCAGGUGGCCCAGGAGGAGCAGCGGCGCCGUUGUGAACUCAUCUCCCAGCUGCGCGCACUCGAGACGCAGCCCACGCGCAAGGGCAAGCUCGUGGACCUGACCCAGACCCCUGGCUAUGGCCUGGAAGGAGAGAUGUCCAUAGUGGAGCUGCGGGAGCGGCUGGCCCUGCUCAAAGAGAAUCAGCAGCGCAAGGAAGAAGAAAAGCGGGAUCAAAUCAUUCAGGGCAAGCGCACCAAGAGCCAGGAACUGCAGAACACGGUGGAGCAGAUCUCGCUGUGCCGUGCAGCCAUGGGGAGAUCCGCAGCCUUGAGGUGGGAGGAGAAGAAGGCCCUUGCGGCGGCCCCGGAGGCGCCCUCGCAGGACGAGCGCGUGCAGCAGCUGCGGCGCAGGAUCUCGGAGAGGGCGGCCGAGCGCAGCAGGCAGGCGGCCUUGCUGCACGUGUCGGCGCCGCGGGCCGCGGGCCCCAAGCCCCGCGCGCAGCUAGAGGCGCAGCACUGGCUGGAGCUGGAGCGGAGCCGCGAGCGCAGGCUGCAGGCGCUGCAGCAGGGAGGCUCCGGACCGGGGCCCGCGCGCCGCCUAGAGGCCGCCUGA